CUGCUCGAAAACAGAAAACCAGAUAAAUGAUUUAUAAACUAAUAAACAUUUGUUUUUUGGUGUUCUGAUAUACCUACGUGUAGUUUUUUUUAUUCCAUUUUAAUUUUUACGAUGCAGAAUUUAUAAUUGCAUGAUGGUUACAGGGUAGCUAGCGUCUCUGCAGAACUGUGAAGCCAUUGGAUAUUUUGUCAUUUGGAUUUAAACUGCUUUUUGUUAAUUUAUAUCUCGCUUCGGAGCGUUUGUCUGGGAAGCCCUGAGCGCCCCCGAAUUGUGCCAGCUGGAUUGGGAUCGAUGAAGUAGGAAUUGUCGAUAUGAUGUCUGCCAAACGGCAUUCUCUGACGGAGACGAACGCGCCCGACAGCAGUCCCUCGCGAUCACGCAAGCGCCACGGUUCCCGCGACAGCUCCGCCGAACGCGAACGCGACGACGAUGACGACCACGACGAGCACGCCGCGCAUGCUAAACACCACAAAAAGGAACACCGUCCUUCCUCCCGCAAAGAGGCAUCGCCCGAUAAGGAAGCACAGCAGAUACCCGUCAGCGACAAGGAGAAACAAUUGGUUGACUGGGUGUCAUCGCGUCUGGAAGAGCAUGCUUGGUAUUCCACAGUCAAAGAUGCAUUUAAAAAUAAACUAGCCACUUAUCAGAGCGGGCAGCUGCUGCGACCGGAUCGAGUGGCGAAGGAUCUCAUCGAAGAAAUUGGGAACGGUCUCCGUUCUUCGGUUCCGGAUAAAAUCAAAAAAGACUUGUUGGAUGCGGUGAAGGAUUAUCUGCAAACGCAGCCGGAUAAAGUGCUCCGCCAACUGGAUGAGACGAAACGGCGCACGGUUUCCGCAAUUAAGCAGUGAACUCUUGUUGUUUAUCUCGACUCUCGACCAUGUCAUAAUGUGACUUUUUGAGGGGGGUUGUAUAAAAAUUAAAACUGAUUCUGGCUUGUGGGUUGGGGGAAUGGUUGAUUGUGAAGCAGCGAAACUAUCCGAAAAUUGACCCGCUGGGGGGACAGAGAUUUUGGUUGUUUUUUCAAUGUUAAAUUUUAACUGUGAAGUAGUGUGCCCGCGCUUGCGAAACUGUUUAACAAAUAUACCGAUGCGAUCAGUGUCUAGCCGA